AGCCCUAAAAGGGUAUCUAGGGUUUAGGAGUUCUUCCUUCCAUUCGGCGUUGGUUCGUGGAGCUGGAUCUGGCGCGCGCAAUGGCGAAUAACACCGUCCGUGUCACAAAUCUCUCGAUCAGAGCCACCCAGCAGGACAUCCUCAACUUCUUCUCCUUCUCCGGAGAGAUCCAAAACGUCGAGCUUGAGAGGGAUGGAGAAGCCUCCCAGGUCGCCCAUGUAACAUUCAAAGACCCUGACGCUGUGGACACUGCACUCUUGUUGUCUGGCGCUACAAUCGUCGAUCAAUCUGUGCUAAUCGCUCCCGUGGAAGACUGGACGCCAUCGAACCAAGUGGCUGGAUCAUCCGUUCCCGAGAACAAAGCCCAGGCCGUGAUCACCACCAUGCUCGCCAAAGGCUUCGUUCUCGGCAAGGACGCCAUGGGAAAGGCCAAAGCUUUCGACGACAAGCACCGCUUCACGGCAAGCGCAACCGCGACGAUGGCCGACAUCGACAAGAAGAUUGGCUUCCGAGAGAAGAUCAACGCCGGGACAGCGGCGGUGAAUCAAGGUGUCCGAGCAGUGGAUCAAAAGUUCCAGGUCUCGGAGAAGACGAAGACGGCCUUCACCACGGCCGAGCAAAAGAUGUCGAGCGCCGGGUCGGCCUUGAUGAAGAACAAGUAUAUCUUCACCGGGGCGAGCUGGGUGACCGGAGCAUUCAACAAGGUGGCCAAGGCAGCCAACGAUGUGUCGCAGAAAACCAAGGAGAAGGUCGAGAAGGAGGAGCAAGUUGGGGGGAUCAAACGCCAGCCCAGUGGCGAUUCUACCCCGAGAACUGCCGAGCUCUUCCCGGAUGAAGCCAUGCCUCAAGCUCAUCACCUUUGAUUCUUGUAGUGGCCUCUCUCCUUUCUCUCUUCUUUCGCUUUAUUUUUUCUUGCUCGCAAGCUUCCUUCCAUUUCUAUGUAAACUUGUCAAAUAUAUAUUGUCUCUUUGUUUAUAGCAAUUCAUAGUUCCUUGGUU